CUCAAAUGUAGAAUGGCUAAAAGCCUACGCAAUGAUCGCGAAUAGUGGUUGACAGCGAUAGAUAAAAAGAGAUGGAAAAGGUAGCGGUGAUAGAUAACAGCAGACAGUUAUUUAGACUUAUUAAGGAAACUGGGGCUAAAAAGUCAACGGUUAGGAAAACUGUAGUGGAGAAGGAUGGGUCUGUGAUUCAUUCGCAGGGAAGACGACUGGAACGAUGGGCAGAACACUUCAAGGAACAGUUUAACUGGCCUUCAGCUACUAUCGGGUUACCCGCUAUCCAGUCGAGUCCUGAAUGGAACAUUGAGAUGGGCUACCCAACACUUGCAGAAUUCGAGAAAAUGGUAGGUAACUUGAAACGAGGAAGGGCAGCAAGACCAGACGGACUAGUUCCUGAGGUAUAUAAUGACCGUAGAAGUGUUUUUAAUCAAUUUAACCAAAGUGUUGACUAGUGUAUAGGAGUCAAAUAUGAUCCCCCCCUGACUGGUCUCAAUUACUGAUUAUCCCGGUCUUCAAGAGAGGCAAAAAGUCCUCUGAGAAAAAACUAAAGAGGAAUCAGCCUGACAAACAUA